GGAUAGGUGAAAACUAGCAUUCAGUUUCUGGAAACUGCAAUAUUAACUAGUUGCCUGUAACUCAGCAGGAGACUCCAUGGUCUUCACAAGAAAACAAUACCUAUGGAAAUUUAGACUCUCAAGGGUUGAGUCCUGGAUGCUUUCUCUGGCGUACUACUCUAUGGGGGGAGGCUGCCAUACAGAAGACUGAAUACCAAGCUCCUGAAGUUUCUACUUUAUGUGGAUCCAAACUGCUGUGUAAGUGGAGUUGUGGAAAAUCUCCUGGGAGAAGAUGACAACAGUUGGAAACUUCCCAAGUUGUUUUGAAUCUCACAUGCAGACUUCUAGUUUAAAAAAUGCAGUUGAAUUUUAUGUUUAGAUGAAGUGAACUUCUUGAUAGAUUUAAUAUCUGUUUCUGGGCAGGCUGUCUAGUCAAGGUGCUUGGAGAGCAUGAGUUAGUGAACUAAAGUGAAGCAGUCUUACCAGAUUGCAGCCUGCAUAGUUGUCAGGGUGCAUUUCCAACACAGGCAAUUAGUUCCUUCUUGCCUGGCGCUGUAGGAUACCAAACAUCUGCUGCUAAAAUUGUCUGACUUCUGUACCCGUAAAUUCAGGUGUCUCGAGGAAUUCUAGGAACUUCAUAGGAAUGCAUGAAGAGCCUGCCCUUGUGGUUGUUUUACAGCUGUGUUCAAGAACCAGUAGCUCAUGAACCUGGAAGCCUGAAUGUCACACUAUAUCUAGUCUAGGUAGUGAUUCAGGCCUUGCUACACCUUCACCUGAUGUACUUCAACAGAUGACAAAGGUGUGAGACUGUCCUGAGGCAGUGGGGGACAUAUAAUAAGGAUCUUUACUCUUUAUUUUAGAAAAAGCUUUGAAACUUCGGAAAAUCUUUAUGGAUGCUCACUGAGAAGUGAAGAAUAUCUUGACAAAACAUGUCCUCCAUGCCACCUUGCCUGGCUAACCAGAAGCAGCCUCCCCUUCUCUCUGCUGUGGGACUGCUCUGCUUUGGCAGACUGAUUACUGAUCUCAGUCUGCCCAAUGGCACACCUGUGGACACUUCUAGCCCGGCCUCCUCCUCAUCUCUCCUUAACAGACUGCAGCUGGAUGAUGACUUGGAUGUGGAAACUAGAGACCUCUUUGUUACUGUUGAUGAUCCCAAAAAACACGUGUGCACAAUGGAGACAUAUAUCACAUACAGGGUUACAACAAAGACCACACGAGCAGAGUUUGAUUUGCCAGAGUAUUCUGUCCGUCGGCGGUACCAAGACUUCGACUGGUUGAGAAACAAGCUGGAAGAGUCUCAGCCAACGCAUCUUAUUCCCCCUCUUCCUGAAAAGUUUGUGGUGAAGGGUGUUGUUGAUCGCUUUUCGGAAGAGUUUGUGGAAACAAGGAGGAAAGCAUUAGACAAGUUCUUGAAGAGAAUAACUGAUCACCCAGUGCUGUCUUUUAAUGAGCACUUCAACGUCUUUCUCACAGCUAAGGAUCUUAAUGCUUACAAAAAGCAAGGAAUGGCUUUGCUGUCAAAGAUGGGGGAGUCUGUCAAAUACGUUACAGGAGGCUACAAAUUAAGAAGUCGGCCACUGGAGUUUGCAGCCAUUGGGGAUUAUCUAGACACGUUCUCUCUAAAGCUUGGUACCAUUGACAGAAUAGCACAACGCAUCAUCAAGGAACAGUUGGAAUACUUGGUGGAACUACGAGAAUAUGGACCUGUUUAUUCAACCUGGGGAGGGCUGGAGGUUGAGCUGUCAGAGCCACUGGAAGGAGUGUCUGCCUGUAUUGGGAAUUGCUGCACAGCUCUUGAAGAACUCAGUGAGGACAUGACAGAAGACUUCCUGCCUGUGCUUAGGGAAUAUAUAUUGUAUGCUGAAUCAAUGAAGAAUGUGUUGAAGAAGAGAGACCAAGUUCAAGCGGAGUAUGAAGCAAAACUGGAAGCAGUAGCCUUGAAAAGAGAAGACCGUCCAAAGGUACCCACAGAUGUUGAGAAAUGUCAAGACCGAGUAGAAUGUUUCAAUGCUGACCUGAAAGCAGAUAUGGAGAGAUGGCAGAACAACAAAAGACAAGACUUCAGGCAGCUACUCAUGGGGAUGGCAGAUAAAAACAUCCAGUACUACGAGAAGUGCCUUACGGCGUGGGAGUCAAUUAUACCACUGUUGCAAGACAAGCCAGAGACCAAAUAAGAAGUACCUUCACGGACAGUCUAGCACUUCUAUGCUCAGUACCACUAGUCAUACUGGAACUGUAUGGAGGACUCUUUGUUAAGUUAAUUGAAAUGACAACUGCACUUAGUUUUUCAGAGUAUCUGUUCCAGCCUAUUUGAAUUUUUUUCCUCAAUUUUUGUGUUUAAACCUGGGGUAUGUUUCAUCUUUUUGAGUUAUCUUGAAUGGUUCCUUCUUUAUCCUAUGGAGUGAUUGGGGUUCACAGUGAAAGUGCAUGGGGAUCUUGUUAAAAUUUACCUCUCUAGUCUGGAAGGAACUGAUGAGUGGAACACUAAAAAGAUGAAAAUAAAACUCUACUGCAAGGUGCCAA